AUGUCCGUCCCCGCCGCCGUCGCCGAGGUCAACGAGAAGACCCUGUCCGACGCUCUUGCUGCUGCCAAGAUCUCCGACUCUGAGACCGCUGCUGCCGCCGAGCAGCCUGAGAAGAAGGAGGACGACCUCGAGGAGGGCGAGAUCAAGGACGACGGCACUCCCAAGACCGUUUUCCACGAUGCUCAGCACUUCAACGUGAAGCACCCGCUUUUCGCCAAGUGGACCCUCUACUACGACAGCCCCCAGUCCAAGCACCUCCCGAAGACGCCCCAGUCGUCCAUCUCCACGAACACUGCCCUGCACGGAGGAUGGCUCGAUGACAUCCGCAAGGUUAUCUCCUUCGACUCCGUUGAGGAGUUCUGGGGAAUGUACAAUAACAUUGUGCCUCCUUCGCAGCUGCCGGGCAAGGCCAACUACUACCUUUUCAAGGACCCGGAGAACAAGAACGGAGGAAAGUGGGCCAUUCAGUUCCCCCGUGAGAAGACCAAGUCGCAGAUUGACAAGAUCUGGCUGUACACGAUGCUCGCUGCCAUUGGAGAGACGUUCGAGACCCCCCUCGACGGUGGUGUCCCCGAGAACACGGACCUUGUGACUGGUGUCAUCAUGUCGUGCCGCUCGUCCUUCUACCGUAUCUCCAUCUGGACUCGCCAGGCGUGCGACGUGACUCUUACCGAGGAGGACCCCCUGAUGAAGCGCAUCAUGACUAUCGGUCGUCACUUCAAGGCUUCGGUCCUCGGCUACGACGUUGACCAGAAGCUUGUCACCGGCGGAUUCCAGACGGAGGUCACCUUCGAGUCGCACAAGGACUCGGAGAAGAAGGGCAACAAGGCGCGCAUCACCCUUGGCCCCUCUGAGGACAACAAGGAGGCCGACGACAAGAAGGGAACGAGGAAGAUCAAAGCGGACCUGAUCGAGCGCGCCAAGAUUAAGAAGCAGUACGCGAAGGUGCUCGCCGAGACGGGCGUCAAGUCGGAGCGCCUCAAGCCCCAGGCCAAAGGCAAGCUCGGCAAGCCGGAAGUGAACCGGAGCGAGACGUGGAGCGCCGUCGACGACGACACGCUGAAGGACGACGAGAACGACGACGGAGACGACAGCGAUGCCGAGAGUGUUGCUUCCGACGCUUCGGAUGCGUCCUCAGCACUCGGACUCGCCGGCGAGACGAGGGACGACGACAGCAGCGACGACGAGGCUGCCGCCUUUGCGGCUCGCGAGAAGGCCAUGCUUCGCGGCAAGGGACGUCUGGAGAAGGGCAAGGCCGCUGGAGGAAAGUUUGAGCGCAAGUCGUUCGACGGACAGCGACCAGGCGCAAUCGGCAAGUCGCCGCGGGGCAAGGGCCGGGAUCGCCCCGCGCCGUACUCGAAGGACCGACCUCCGCAUAUGAAGGGCGGACCGAAGGGAAGGGGCAAGUGGCAGGAGAAGGAGAAGCCUGUUCGCGCGCUCUCGCCUCCUGUUCUGCCUGAGGCGAAGGAGGGGAGCAUGCGCACGAUCAAGAAGGAGGGAUUCAGCAAGUUCCACCGCUCGGCGAGCGGGAAGAAGCAGCCCAACAUGGCUGCACGCAUGGAUGUGCUGCUCGAGAAGAUUAGGCGGUCCAAGUAG